AUUGAAAUUCUUAAUAGCGGUUAUUGGUUUGUUCUUUUUUCCUUUCCCUUUCAAAAUAGGAAACAAUUUAGUGAUUAGAAAAAGCUCCUGUUCAUUACCAAAAGUAAAGUUUAUUAGCAAUCGGCGAUGGGGGAUAUAUAGAUUCCGAGCGAGAAAGAAAGGGAGGAGAAGAGAUGAGAAACAGCAACAAUACGAGUGUUCCAGUGAGCGAAAUGUACUGGUCACUUGUGGCUAAAGCCGAUAAGAAGUUCUCUAAAAUUAGGGAUUUGCCUUAUUACGAACGCAACAGGUACGAUACAUACUUUUCUAAGGUGUUCAAGGCCUAUACACAGCUGUGGAAGUUUCAGCAAGAGAAUCGGCAGAAGCUGGUGGAAGCAGGGCUUAAGAGAUGGGAGAUUGGGGACAUUGCAUCAAGGAUUGGGCAGUUAUACUUUGGGCAGUAUAUGAGGACAAGUGAUCGUAGUUAUUUGUCAGAGUCAUAUAUAUUUUAUGAAGCAGUGUUGACUAGGGAGUAUUUUCGGGAUGGAUUUUCUCAGGAUCUGAAUCUUGCUAUAAAGCAAUUGAGAUUCCUUGCUAGGUUUUUGACAGUGUGUUUGGUGAUGAGCAGACGAGAAAUGGUUUUCCAGUUGGUUAAUCAACUGAAAAUGUUGCUUGAUGAGUGCAAAAGAAUCUUUCAGGAAACUGACUUUAGAGAAUGGAAGGUGGUUGUUCAGGAGAUAGGUAAAUUUCUGAAGGCUGAUACCGGUUUAAUGAAUUUCAGACCUUUGAGAUACAGUCUUGUACUAGAUCGUCACCCUGAUUAUAUACCUCAUAUUGCUGAUGCCAAGAGAAAGCUCAAACUUAGAGAAGCAAUACUAUGCAGCUACCAUCCUAAUGAGAUCAAAUUUUCAGAGCUCACGCUUGAUACUUUCAGAAUGCUUCAAUGUCUGGAGUGGGAACCCAGUGGCUCAUUUUACCAGUCAACUGGUGCUGCAUCCGGCACUGUUCACAAGGGAGCCUCUGGCCCUAGUCGCAUAAACUACACACAGGAUAUAGCUGAUCCUACUUUGCCUGCUAACCCACGCAAAGCCAUGCUCUAUCGUCCAUCUGCUACACAUUUUAUUGCAGUGCUGGCAACUUUGUGUGAGGAGCUUCCUCCUGACGGAGUUCUAUUAGUUUAUGUAUCUGCUUCAGGAAGUAUUGGACAUUUAGGUAAUGCUGACAACAAUAUCUUGAACUCGGAGCUUGGUUAUAUGCAGCUUGAAGAGGCUAGUACUCCUACUGGCUGCUUGCAAAUCGGUGCUCGAGGCGAUGGAGGUUUAAAUUGCAUAUAUCCUUGUGACUUCAUUCCAUUUACAAGAAGGCCACUAUUUUUGAUUAUUGACAGUAGUAUGAGUGAAUCAUUCAAGGCCAUAAGUGGAACAGAAAAAGGAGAGCGUAUUGCGAUGCUUCUGUCUCCAACCUUUUCGUCUCCUACACCUGGACUUUUAGAUUCUAUUCCUCAGCCAAGUGGAAGCAUGUUUACCAGUUUCCUCACAGCUCCUUUGCAGGCUUUUCUUAUGUUGAUUGGAAUUUCAGGCUCUGAUAUUGAAAUGGAUUUGUAUAACAAAGGGGACAAGCUGUUGUCCUCCUUAUUGGAUCAUUGGGGAUCAGUGUUGAUAACUUCAGAGGGUCUUGAUCUUGUUUGGGUGCAAGUAUUGAGUGAUCCAUUCCUCAGACGCUUGCUAUUACGGUUUAUGUUUUGUCAGACUGUUCUCACAUUACAUGCUCAUACUUUUAACAAGAAAGAAUAUCUUCCUCAAUGUUUGCCUUGCCUCCCAAAGGCUGUUUCCCCAGUGACUGCAGCAUCUCAAACAGCACUGCUCCAAAUAGCAAGCGUCUUUGGCGCCUCCAAUAGAUUCAUCUUCUCGGAAGGAAUUACGAUUCACGGAGAUGCACAAACAGCGAUUGAUGAGCCUAUAUCAACUUAGAGAAGAGGCUAGGAACAUCUCAGAAAAUGUAAAUUGUGUGAGAGUCUAUCUUCCCUGUCUAUGUUUUCAGUUUUAUGCUUUGAUAUCCUAUGAUUUUUGGCUCUUACGUAACUUCUGCAUGUGACAAUAGUCCUGGGCUAUUUUGUAACAUGUCUUAUAGUUAUAGUGGCCAUAAUAAUCUUUUGAGGAUUGUAUGUUUGAUUUGUUUGGUUCAAACUUCGACGGACCCUCUUGAUCUGUUCAAGUUUAUAGGUUGUUGCUUGGUUGAUGUUAGUGACUAUAGAAGAAACUUUGCAGCUGCCCA